CGUUAAGCUGCAGAUGUUUGGCAGCUGCAGUCAGAGGAAGUGCCUGAGAGGGGGGUGAGACUUGCUCAGCUGCAGAAGACGCUGGACGGGACGGGAGCUGCCGGAGGCCCCAGUGUUACAGCAUGCCUCUUCCACCACCCCCAUCCUCACCUCCACCACCUUGCCCAGCAUCCAGAGAGUCUCUGAGCCUGAACUGGCCCUUCUUGCAAAGUCUGCUGGGUGUGGUGCGCAUAGCACAGCUGCUUUUGGGUGGUGUCUGCUGGGUGAUUUUAGCAGCACGCAAGUAUGAAGGGGCCACCUACUUUGCCAUCUUUGCUGCAGUCCUGGUGUGGUUGCUCACCUUGGCACUCUUUGGGCUCAGCUUAUUGGGACGCUGGGCUCUGGUGCCAGUGCUCGGGACCCGUUGGCUCAUCACCAACAUCGUACAUGAUCUGCUCCUUGGGGUCACUCUCUUCACUGCUGCUGCGUGCAUCAUGGGCCACAAGGCACAGAGCGUCAGCUACUGCAACCUGCGUGGCUACAGCCUGCCCUGCAACUAUGGCUUCUACUUGGCUGCUGCCAUCUUUGCGGGCAUCACUGCCUUUUUAUACCUGCUUUCAGGGCUCUACUGCCUGGCACGGCGUUCCAGGGGCCACCGUGACAUCUGAGAGUGAGGCAAGAUGGACAGGAAUGGACAAACCCUUCCUCGAUUGGACAAGCCUCAAACACAUUAUUCCUAGACAGACUGUUCCUUGCUCCAGACACAUCAAGUUGCUUUCCUGAUGGAGAGACAAGACAUCCUUGGGAGAGAGGAAAACAUCCCCUUUGUCUCCUGAGUACUGAUGCUUGCUCUUCUCCAUGGACCAUCUGACCUCUUCAUCAACAGAUGGACAUGUGCCUUCAUGAUGGUGAAACUGGAAUAUCCUUAAAAUGAAGCCUUAAACCAGACUGUGAGCCCUCCCUGACUCUCUUCUUCACUUGGCAGGUGGGUCUUUGUGGGUCCGGGAAGGUUUGGCCAGGCCUGUAAUAGCAGCAUAUGUGGAUGCUUCUUGGGCCCUGAAAGCCUAAGGCCAUUCAGUGCUAUUCACAAGCCUUUCAGGAGCAGAUUUAGCUUAGUUGAUAGUCCAUACUUAUAUGUGUUUAUGCCAUAUACACAAGAUCCCACAUUCUCACAUUGAAUUAAUUCAUGUUAAGCAGUUUUGAAUAUUCACCCUUUUGGGUGAUCCACUGGUUGAUUAUUGUUAUCCCAUUUUAGAUCUUAUCAAUGUGAGUUCAGUUAUAAUCCCAAAAGUUUCCAUUACAUGAUAGUUAUAUAGGAUGGUUUUCUUUGUAACUUUUAUAUUUUGGAUAGGACCCUGAUGUGGACAUUACAGCAUUUAAAGUAUAGCAAUACUCCAGUAUCAAGUCCUUAAUUACCAAAAAUGAAGGUAUUAAGCCUCAAACCUGCUGAGAACUUACACCCUUAAACCUGGUAGUCCUGUCUUUUAAUCCCUAGUGUGAGGCAUGGACUGUACCUAAUCCAAUAAUAAGGAAAUGCAUAGAGCUAACAAAAACAGGGUCCAGAGCUCUCCUGACACACACAUAUAUAGUUUCUAGAAUUUAGUCCAAGUGUUUCAGUUCUGAGUUCCAUGAGUAAAUGCUAGCUCAUGUUCAGCCCUGUCUAUGACCUUUGACCAUAAAUAUUGGUCUCACUGCUUCCUGAAAUUCAUUCAUCCUUAAUUUCCAUGAAAACUCAUAGGCCAUUAUCUCAUAGCAAGUUAACCCACAAGUCAUAGAUAAUAGGGAACAUCGGAAUUCUCUGCUGGAUGUCCAAUGGUAGAUGAGAGAGACAGACAGACAGACAGACUAGAGGCCCCUGAUGAAAGUGGGGAGGAGGUGCUGGUCAUCAGCCAAGAUUGCAACCAUCCUGGGUCAUUUAUGAGGACUCACUAAGUUGGCUGAGCUGGCCUGUCCCCAUAUGAGGUUGGGGGCCUACACCAACCUUGCCUGACUCCUAGAUCGGGCUCCCAAGAAAGGAAACCCCUUUCUAGUAAGGGAUGGAGCUACAUUCCAAAGGACGUUUGUCACCUUUUAUGGCAGUGCUCAGCAUCUUCCUGCUCCCCUCAUAACCCAAGCAGGCUACCCUUUUUUCUGCACGAAGCAUCGAGAGAAAUCCCACAGUGUGGGGAAACAUGAACAGAAAAGAAAGGUCUAGGCAAAAAAUAUGCAAGCAGACACUGCAGUUGUGGGACAGACACUGGAGGAAAUACAACUAUUCCGAAAGCUGGCAUUUAGCCAAAGCGGGGGGGUAGUGGUGGUGGUGAACAUUCCCACCACGGCAAGAAAAUGGAAUCAUUACAUCUUAUGAAAGAGGCUGAAUUCCCAGGGUCUAGUAGGAAGAGAGGAUCCAUCUGAUAUAUGUACAUAUAUCUUGUGAAUGGGUCUGACAUUAUUAGAAUGGGACAAUCAUAACUAGUCAAACCCUGAAGCCUGGGGCCAAUAGACAGUGCAUAACGCCAUGCUCAUGGAUUGACAUACAUUGGAUUUUACUGCCUGUCCCCGAAGGAGGAAAUGCUUUUGAAAUACAGAAGUGCCUUGGGCAAGAAACCCCCACUUCUUCCGGACUGCUACUGUGUCUAAUCUUGUCAAAUUCCUCAAACAGCUACAAGACUGUUUUGUGUAUUCAGGUGCCUUUUAUACCAACAGUUUUCGAUUGGUUGGCUGAGAAGACUCAUUCUUAUUGGAGUCUCUCUCCCCCACUAGCAAGGGACCCCAUUCCAGCAAUACCAAACAGGUUCAUAAAUUUAAGUACUUCAGCAGAGGUCCAGGGAGCUCCCAGGAAAGCAUACCACAUCUGUCCUCAAGUCACUAGAUCUCAGUGUGGGCUGCAAGAAUUAACCAGUGACUCAGCUUCAGCCUCGGAUCAUUUCUAACUUUCGUCGUCCUAUUCCACGCUUUUAAAAAAUGGCUUCCAUACUUGUGAUUGUGUGUGGCCAAAGGCAUUUGAGCACCCCCAUCUUGGAGCAUGGAAGAACUGCUCUCUGCCAAUUGCUUUGAAAGGAAUCCACGAGUCUUCUUGGAUCAACUCAGAAUAGAUCCGAAGGUCAGGACGUGAAGCUGCUGCAAAGACCUGUGCCUAGGAGAGCCUUUGAUCCCACUCUAAGAAGCAGAGGAACCAGUUGUGUCUGGAAUCCAGAGCUUUGGCCAUGCUGAACCCUGGAAGCCACCUGACUCCUUAUGGAAGGCUCCCUCGCCAUCCACAGGCUAGACGAAUCUGUCAAGAAGAAUGGAGGCAGAGAGCAGCUGUGUCAGUUUACUACCAAGCCCCAACAUAGGAAGCUGCUUUAUACUGGGUCAGACCAUGGGUCCACUUAGCUCAGUAUUGUCUACACCAGGGCUGCAUAACUUCAGCCCUCCAGCUGUUGUUGGACUACAACUCCCAUAAACUGCAGCCAUAGUGGUCAGGGAUGAUGGGAGUUGUAGUCCAACAACAGCUGGAGGGCCGAAGUUGUGCAGACCUGGUCUACAUUGACUGGCAGUGCCUCUCCGGGGUUUCAGGCAGGAGCCUUUCCCAGCCCUACCUGCAGACGCCAAGGACUGAACCUGGGACCUUCUGCAUGCAAAGCAGAGGCUCCGCCAUGGAGCAAGCUAUGGGCCCAUCCCUUCUUGUUGGGGGGAGGGGAGGCAAGGGCUUUGCACCUCCCCUUCUUGCUGCCAUUAGCAUGCUUUGAGUCUCAAGCCCUGCUUUUUGCACUGUGGGGUAAAUUUGGAUGUGACGUCCUUUAAUUUUGAGUGCCUUGCCCCUCAAUGUGCUAUUUUAGAACCAGAAGUCAGUGCCAAGGUUCUCUUGGCAAGAGGAGACGCACGAAGUCAGAAGAGGUUGGUCUAGCUAUUUAGGGCUUUCCAGCCAGUUUUUAACUAACAUUUCAAAAUUGCCCAUUUGAUCCUAAUUGCUGUGCCUCAGUUCCUGCACCAGAAUCUAGUCUGGGUAUGGCUCUUUUCCAGAGGUUACACUCCAGACUCCUCUCCCCAUCUUGUAACAAAUUCACAUACUUAAUAAAGAUGUGUGUGGAGCAUAA